AUGUUGCUUCAGGGUGACAGUACUGCCGAGCAGCGGCCCACAUAUGUGUACCGACGUCAGUUGACUUACGAGCGACGUCAGCUCAGCAUCACCUCAUUCAAGUCCUCGGAUGCGCUCCACAAACUCAAGGAACAAAAGGGAACUCUUGCGGCCUCUGUCGAGCCUCUCUACGCAGGCCUCACUGUCGCCCAAUCGGACGAUGGAGACUUUCGCUAUUGCAUUGCUUUGCACGAUGGAACCUAUACCAUCAACUGCAAAAGCCGAUCUCUUGAGCUGGCCUGGAGUGCAGGUGAAGGCAACUCAUCGAAUGAAUCAUCCCGCGUCGGAUCAGGUGUCUCCACACCAAUGUCCGUGGGAGACGUCUCCGAAGCUCUAGCCGAUGCCUUUAUCGAAUUUCUUAGCAACUACCGAGAGAAGAAUCUGUCCAAGCCUAUGGGUGCUACUCUGACUACCCAACUCGCUAGCCUAAGCCCGCAUCUUGCCGUACGCCUAUGGACCGACUUGGACAUCAUACCAUUCAUCUUCCCAGCCGAUGCGAAAGACAAGGACGAGCUAUUGAUACCUCUUGACCAAGAGGCUGAGCGCAUUGCCAGGAAGACAGUGAAGCAAUUCAAUGUCAAGGGUGAGUUGCCUGUUCAGAUGGGCCAUCGUCGCCAGGUCUUGGUUGAUCUUGACAGCCGAGUGCACAUAGCCGAGCGCGAAAGCUACGAUUCCACUAUUAGGACGGACACUACGGGAGCUGCAACUAUGCACUACGCCAACUCGUUAAAGCAGAGGAGGACCAAGAUCGCGUUCUUCAACAGCACGGCACAAGGCGGAGGCGUGGCUCUCAUGAGACAUGCUCUGAUGAGAUAUCUGAGUCUUCUCGGUAUCAACUGCAAAUGGUACGUUCCAUACGGAAAGACCGACAUUUUCAGAAUUACCAAAGACAACCACAACAUCCUUCAAGGUGUCGCAACUAGUGGUGAGCGUCUUACCGACGACAAGAUCGCCAAGCUUGAUGCUUGGGUCAUUGAAGAGACCGAGAAGUGCCACUGGGUCGAGUUCGGUGGCCCGCUUUCUGCUCGCGAGAAGGGCGGCGCCGAUGUAAUUAUUGUUGAUGAUCCUCAAAUGCCGAGUCUUGUCAAGAUCGCCAAGCAGAAAGACCCUAGUCGCCCGGUCAUCUUCCGCAGCCACAUUCAGGUGCGAGCCGACCUGGCUGAUCAAGAAGGAACCACUACCUCCGAGGUGUGGAACUGGAUCUGGAACCACAUCAAAGACUGCGACGUCUUCAUCAGCCACCCUGUUCGAGCAUUCGUGCCCAAGGUUGUCACCCCUGAGAAAGUGGGUUACCUGCCCGCGACUACGGAUUGGCUAGACGGCCUGAACAAGCACAUGCACCCUUGGGACGAACAAUACUACCUCCACGAGCUCAAGGUUCAGUGCUUUGCAGCUGGCAUGCGUCAGCUCGCUCAUCCGGACCGUAAGUACAUUGUUCAAAUCGCCCGCUUCGACCCAGCGAAGGGUAUCCCAGAUGUUCUCGCGUCUUACGCCCGUUUACGCAAGAACUACAUGAAAGACACUCCUCUUGCAGAUAUUCCACAGCUCGUAAUAGCUGGACAUGGAGCCGUCGACGAUCCAGAUGCGACCAGGAUCUUCAAGGAAACUGAGACGGCUCUCAACGGAGACUACAACGAAUUCAAGAACGAUGUUAUUAUCAUGCGCAUCGGUCCAUCAGACCAAAUGCUCAACGCACUCAUGUCCUGUGCCCAUGUCGCCCUCCAGCUCUCUACCCGCGAAGGCUUCGAAGUCAAAGUCAGCGAAGCGCUCCACAAGGGCACUCCUAUCAUCGCGACUCUCGCUGGUGGUAUCCCUCUGCAAGUUCAACAUGGGAGGUCUGGCUUCCUGGUUAAGCCUGGUGACCACGACGCUGUUGCGAAGCACUUGUACGAUCUCUUCACCGAUUCGGAACUCCACUCAACCAUGUCCGAGUACGCGAGCAAGCAUGUUAGCGAUGAGGUCAGCACAGUGGGUAAUGCGCUGGCUUGGCUGUAUCUGGCGGAUGAGCUCUCCAGAGGUGUGCAUGUCGCUCCCAAUGGUCGAUGGAUCAUUGAUAUGGCGAGGCAGAAGGCGGGUAUCACAUAUCAGAGGGACGAGGAUAUUCUGGUCCGCGAUGUGAACUUGACGGGUAACUGA